AUGGCAGCGUUGUCAUAGCAAAGUUGACAAGCACCAAACAGUUUUUGUUUGGGUUCAGUGCACACUUCUGAGCUCCGGGGGCUAAAACCUGACACAGAUUGAAACUCAGGGGAGGAUCAGGAGUUUGGAAAGGGUCAUGUCAAACACUGAAGGUUGGGUUGGGACAUGGAGGCCCCACAGGCCAAAAGCACCAAUAGCUGCUCUCUAUGGUAGCCCAGGGCCCAUAUAUGCACUACCAGGUCUCACAGGCAAUUCUAAGCAUGACCCUACUAAAUACAAAGCACCAAUGUUCAGCUUUGGGAUACGACAUGAGCAGGCCAGUUGUAACUGCUCCCCUGGACCAAGAUACCUGAUCCCCUCCAACAUCACCAGAGCAGGCCGAGAUGGCACACCUGCGUUUUCACUCCAGAGUCGUCCAAAGGACCCAGAAGUGUUCAAGGCUCCAGGGCCAGGCAAAUACUCCCCGGAGCAUUCGGGAAAAUGGAUCUUCCGCUCCUCUCCAGCUUAUUCUCUAUCUGGAAGGGGCAAAGACCAAAGGAUUAACGAAACACCAGGUCCAGCUGCCCACAGUCUGCCUCCUGUGUUGGGGCCCAAAACUGUGGGCAAAUCUGCAGCUCCCUGCUACUCCAUCUGUGGCCGCAGCAAAUCUGGAAGCUUCCAUGAGGACCUGAGGAAGACUCCUGGCCCUGCUGCCUACAAAGCUGUGGACCCGAAUCUGUACAUGCAAAAACCUCCCCAUUUCAGCAUGACAGGCCGCAACUACACACCAGGUGAUACCACACAGAAACCAGGACCUGGUGCACAUAAUCCUGAGAUGGUGUCUAACACAAGAAAAAAAGCUCCAAGCUUCUCUUUUGGACUGCGUCAUUCACAAUUCAUCGCUCCCUUCAUAGUAGAGGUGCCUGAAUAAUGGCAGGUUUCAUCUCUUACUUUAGAAAUUCACAUGGCACGACUAAAUAAAAAAGAAAAAGAGAA